AUGGACAAGAUGGGAGAUCCAAAGGAGCAGGAGCCUACUCCGGAGAACAUGACGAUGUUGCAGGCCUUCGAAUGGUAUGUUCCGGACGACCAAAAGCAUUGGAAACGCCUAGCUAGCCAGGUACCGCACCUCAAAGCCACAGGUGUUGACAACAUGUGGAUCCCUCCGGGAUGUAAAGCAUCAUCCCCAUCGGGGAAUGGCUACGAUAUCUACGACCUUUAUGAUCUAGGCGAAUUUGACCAAAAAGGAUCGAAGGCCACAAAGUGGGGAUCAAAAGCCGAACUUUUGGAAUUAGUACACCGCUGCAAUGAAACUGGUAUCGGGGUCUAUUGGGAUGCAGUUCUGAACCACAAAGCUGCCGCGGACCACAAAGAGAAAUGCGAGGCGCAAGAAGUCGACCCAGAGGAUCGUACCAAGAACAUCUCCGACCCUUAUAAAAUUGAGGCCUGGGUGGGGUUCGACUUUCCUGGCCGAGGCGAGCAGUAUUCUUCACAGAAAUACCACUGGUAUCACUUUUCAGGCACAGACUAUAAUGCCGCGAACAAGAAAACCGCCAUCUACAAGAUCCUGGGGGAUAAGACGAAAGGUUGGGCCGAUGGUGACGAUGUCGAUCAGGAAAAGGGCAACUAUGAUUACCUUAUGUUCGCUGAUUUGGACUAUAGCCAUCCAGAAGUGGUCAAGGACGUCCUAAAUUGGGGCCUGUGGUUAAACAAGCAGGUAAAAUUGAAGGGCAUGAGAUUUGAUGCCGUGAAACAUUUCAGCGAGGACUUUCUUCGACAGUUCAUCACUAAAAUGGACGAGAUUCAUGGCGAUGGGUGGUUCUUUGUAGGCGAGUUCUGGAAGGAUAGUCUGGAUGACAUGACCCGCUACCUUGACCAGAUGGGCAAGAAGUUCAGCCUUUUCGAUGCUCCUCUUGUCAACAGGUUUAGUCAGUUGAGCAAGACGGAAAAUGCAGACUUGAGAACCGUAUUUGACGAUACAUUGGUCAAGAUUGCACCUAUCAACGCUGUGCCGUACCAGGCUCUCGAAGCUCCAAUUGAGGGGUUCUUCAAGCCUCUAGCCUACGCACUUAUAUUGCUUCGUUUCGACGGCUAUCCCUGUCUCUUUUAUGGCGAUCUCUAUGGCAUUAAAGGAGAGCACCCCUUUCCACCAUCUUGUGGUGGAAAGCUCCCUGAUUUGGCCCUCGCCCGCAAGCUCUAUUCGUAUGGCGUCCAACAGGAUUACUUCGACUACCCGACUUGCAUUGGGUGGGUAAGAUACGGCACAUGGGACCGCAGGUGGGGAUGUGCCGUUGUGAUGUCAAAUGCCGGACCCGGAGAGAAGCGAAUGCACGUUGGUGAAAUUCAUGCUGGGGAGGUCUGGACUGAUGUACUGGGAUGGGAACAGGGUGAAGUGACUAUCGAGAAGGAUGGAUACGGUACUUUUAUGUGUCCCGGCACAAGCGUUGCUGUUUGGGUAAACAAGUUUGCCGAAGGGAGAGACCGAUUUGGGAAAUUCAAUUAUUCUAGCUACGGCGCUGGUCUACUUCUUGCGGUCUCCAAACGACCCAGAUCUGAAUCGCUCUACCCAAGUAGCAGUCCACACGCUUCUCAUUACACUCCGAUCGAUUUGAUCAGAUGCGGAAAAGUAGCACGAGACGAGAAUAGGAUCGAGUCUGGUGAUGUUGAUGUUCUUGGGCCUCCUGCGUAA